UUCAUUUCGUUGUGUCAAGGUCGUAAUUAAAAAUGGCGACAAUAGCUUCAAAUAGUGUACGAAUUUCUCGGACAUUUUCAGCUCGUGUAGGAAAUAUUUUAAAUAAUCGGAAUGGCAGAUUAAUACACCACACAAAACGCUACCUGAAAACACAGGAUGGCAAAAGGGUUGACUUUGGUUUCCUGUUCGAUAUUGAUGGCGUUAUCGUUAGAGGGAAGAAACUUUUGCCAUCUGCUAAAGACGCAUUUCGCAUGUUGAUUGAUGAAAAUGGCAAGUUUAAAGUUCCAGUAAUAUUCGUUACCAAUGCUGGAAACACUCUACGACAAAAGAAGGCAAAAGCGUUAUCAGACUGGUUAGACAUAGAGGUUGUUGCUGAGCAGGUUGUCAUGUCUCACAGUCCAUUGAAAAUGUUUAAACAGUUCCAUGACAAACAUAUACUCGUGUCUGGGCAGGGCCCAGUAGUAGAAAUAGCCAAAGGUUUAGGUUUCUCUCAAAUAACUACCAUGGAUACUCUAAGACAGUGUUUUCCCCAUCUUGAUAUGGUGGACCAUAAUAGAAGAAAACCAGCACCAUGUGCAUUUGAACAGUUUUUUCCAAGGAUAGAAGCUGUGAUAUUGUUUGGAGAACCAGUGAGAUGGGAGACAAACUUGCAGUUGGUUAUAGACACACUUCUGUCAGACGGUAAACCCUAUGUGGCCCCUAAAGAGAUCCCUUAUCCUCACAUGCCUGUUUUAGCCUGUAACAUGGACCUUCUAUGGAUGGCUGAGGCUUGUAUGCCAAGGUUUGGUCACGGUUGCUUCCUGCAUAGUUUGGAAAGCUUGUAUCAGAAAAUCUCUGGUCGUGAAUUGAAGUAUACAGCAUUAGUAGGCAAGCCAAGUGAAUUGACGUACCGUCAUGCAGAUUUUCUACUGUACGAACAAGCCAGAAAUAUGGGCAUGAAUGGAAUAAAAACAAUAUAUUGUAUAGGUGACAAUCCUGAAUCUGAUAUAUAUGGAGCAAACUUGUAUGACAAAUACCUACAGAAGCGUGUAAUUCACACCAACGUUAACGUAAUCAAGCGCACCCAACAGCAGACGGCUGGAUCUCAGAUCAUAGAUGUAGAUGAAACAGACACAGAUUCUGAUUUGGAUUCAGAACGGACUUCUGCUUUAAAAGAUAAUUCAGCUGAAGUGUAUGCUAAAAGCUGUCAGUCUAUACUUGUAUGUACGGGUGUGUAUUGCUCUUCCAGGGACUAUGUUACGUACGGACGAGCAAGAUCCUCGAAUCAUAAUCAUCGAGACUUUGUACUAGAUCCCGUUCUUACUCAGCCAAAGUUUGUGACUCAAAAUGUGCAUGAGGCGGUCAAGCUUGUAUUUCAGAAGGAAAAGGUUAUCUCCCCUUUUGUUAGUUGAUGAAGGCUUUAUCAUUAGGCACACGGGUUUCAGAUAUAUCUCAGUACCUGAAUCUUACUUACUGGUGUAAUUUGUUUUUACUGCGUAAUGCUUUCUUCACAAUUAGGCAUUUCACUUUAUUUUUAGCUCACCUGUCACAUAGUGACAAGGUGAGCUUUUGUAAUCGCGCAGCGUCCGUCGUGGGUGCGUAAACUUUUGCUUGUGACCACUCUAGAGGUCACAUUUUCAUGGGAUCUUUAUGAAAGUUGGUCAGAAUGUUCACCUUGAUGAUAUCUAGGUCAAGUUCGAAACUGGAUCACGUGCGGUCAAAAACUAGGUCAGUAGGUCUAAAAAUAGAAAAACCUUUUGACCUCUCUAGAGGCCAUAUAUUUGAAAAGAUCUUCAUGAAAAUUGGUCAGAAUGUUCACCUUGAUGAUAUCUAGAUCAAGUUUGAAACUGGGUCACGUGGCAUCAAAAACUAGGUCAGAAGGUCAAAUAAUAGAAAAACCUUGUGACCUCUCUAAAGGCCAUAUUUUUCAUGGGAUCUGUAUGAAAGUUGGUCUGAAUGAUCAUCUUGAUGAUAUCUAGGUCAAGUUCAAAACUGGGUCAUGUGCGGUCAAAAACUAGGUCAGUAGGUCUAAAAAUAGAAAAACUUUGUGACCUCUCUAGAGGCCAUACUUGUGAAUGAAUCUUCAUAAAAACUGGUCAGAAUCUUCAUCUUGAUGAUAUCUAGGUCAAGUUUGAAAGUGGGUCAAGUGUCUUUAAAAAGUAGGUCAGUAGGUCAAAAAAUGAAAAAAACCUUUGACCUCUCUAGAGGUCAUAUUUUUUAUGGGAUCUGUAUGAAAGUUGGUCUGAAUGUUUAUCUUGAUGAUAUAUAGGUCAGGUUUGAAACUGGGUCAACUGCGAUCUAAAACUAGGUCAGUAGGUCUUGAAAUAGAGAAACCUUGUGACCUCUCUAGAGGCCAUACCCUUGAAUGGAUCUUCAUGAAAAUUGGCCAGAAUGUUCACCUUGAUGAUAUCUAGGUCAAAUUUGAAACUGGGUCACGUGCCAUCAAAAACUAGGUCAGUAGGUCAAAUAAUAAAAAAACCUUGUGACCUCUCUAGAGGCCAUACUUUUCAUGGGAUCUGUAUUAAAGUUGGUCUGAAUGUUCAUCUUGAUGAUAUACAGGUCAAGUUUGAAACUGGGUCAACUGCAGUCAAAACCUAGGUCAUUAGGUCUAAAAUUUGAAAAAUCUUUUGACCUCUGUAGAGGCCAUAUUUUUCAAUGGAUCUUCAUGAAAAUUGGUCAGAAUUUUUAUCUUGAUGAUAUCUAGGUCAAGUUCAAAACUGGGUCACAUGAGCUCAAAAGCUAGGUCACUUUGUCAAAUAAUAGAAAAAACGAUGUCAUACUCAAAACUGGGUCAUGUGGGAACAGGUGAGCGAUUCAGGACCAUCAUGGUCCUCUUGUUUAUGAAAGACGUGCUGUGUAUGUACUGUGAAGUAAUCACAUUUUUAUUUUUUGUUUUACAGAUUUUAUUAUUUACUUAUUUACAAUUUUGGUAAUCAUUUGUUUGCAUUGCAUAGACAAGUGCUGAAAUUAGCUGUUUUAAUUGAGUUUUCUACAACUGUAUGCAACUAUCAUUUAUAUGUUUUCAAAAUUCUGCUAUUAGUAAAUGUGUAAAACUGAUUUUCCUAUAUUUGGUAAAUGCUGAAUAGGUUGAAUAUGAACUUGAAAUUUUGCACAGAUUUUAACUGUCAUUUUGAUCUUUACCCUGCUUGUGGCAAGUGAUUCAGCCUUUGCGACCAGUGCAGUCUGAUCUUGGUCUGCAUUGUUCGUUAUUCAGCCAGUAAAUUUUCAGUGAACACCCCUUCAAAUAAUAAAUGGUACAGCCCAAAUUGAAUGAUGGAGCAGUCCAUUACAGAAAUUUAGCAGGAUAAGGGUUAAUUUUAUUGCCAUGCUUAUUCAUUUGAAAGCGUUUUAUAAUUUCCUCACUGUUCUUCUGUUGUUUGCUUAACAUUUGUCCAACUGUCUGAUUUUCUUUAUCCUUUGUAUGGUUGAAGAUUUAUUAUCAGUCUCAAUUGUCCAAUUAGCUGUGUUUGCUGUUGGCGAUUUUGCGAUCCUGUCAUCAUGGUCAUCAGCCAAUGAAAUCUGUUGAUUUAGGGAACAAGUUCCUGUCUUGCUUUUUACAUACUUUCAGACUGGAACAAACAAACCCUGGUCUGGCUGCAUAUUUGGGAAGUUUUGAAGCUGUGUGGUCAACUAUGAAUGUCAACCAGUUGGUCUCACUGCCCUUUUGAGCAGUGUUUUGUAGUCAGCACACAUUGCUACAACUGUCAGCCAGCUAGUCUGACUACACGAUGGGGCAGUGUUGAAGCAGUGAGGUCAACACACAUUGCUAAGACUGUCAACCAGUUGGUCUCACUGCACUUUGGGACAGUGUUGUGUAGUCAGCACACAUUGCUACAACUGUCAGCCAGCUAGUCUGACUAUGCAUUGGGGCAGUGUUGAAGCAGUGAGGUCAACACACAUUGCUAAGACUGUCAACCAGUUGGUCUCACUGCACUUUGGGACAGUGUUGUGUAGUUAGCACACAUUGCUACAACUGUCAGCCAGCUAGUCUGACUAUGCAUUAGGGCAGUGUUGAAGCAGUGAGGUCAACACACAUUGCUAAAACUGUCAACCAGUUGGUCUCACUGCACUUUGGAUCAGUGUUGUGUAGUCAGCGCACAUUGUUACAACUGUCAGCCAGCGUGCCAGUAUAGGUUCUGUUCAUAUAUAGUGGUAGGCCAAAAUGUUGAGCAUGUGCUUAUGUCAGUUAAUAUUCAUGACCCUCUUAUCAUCAGUACUUGGGAAGAAAAUGAGGUAUCUGUUGAUUUCUGUAUCCUGUCAGCAAGCAGGAUAUAUUUUAGCCCCAGUCUGUCCAUCUUCCACAAAUAUCAUGCAUAUUAUACUCUCCCCUUUCAUUUCAGGUAAAAUCGGUUCAAAUUUUAUUAACAUGGUAAUCACUGUAGGUUAUAUAGAAAGUAGAAGUAUAUAAAAGGGAAUUGUUGUUAACGGGGCCAUAAUUCUUGCUGUUAUGCGGCUCUUGUUUUAUUUUGAGUACCGUAUGAUAUCGUACCAUGAUGGAUAAGUGAUAUCAUAGUUAUUUUCUGGGUGCACCUAUGGGGUUUUAUAUUAAUUCCAAUGAAAAUUCAGUCAGUAUUAGACGAGUUUGUUUUAUCAAAGGCUGUUGUUAUAUUAUAUUAAGUCUGAUAUUAUGGAUCUGCAUUCAUGUUAUGUUAUUUCCGGUAUUUUGCUGGAAAUUGUAUAUUAAAUGAUUUUUCAUACAUAAUGUAUUCCGUGAUUUUAUACUGAUUAAUUCAGUGUUAUGUCUUGUGUUGUUUGGUAGUUAAACAUGUUGUCAGAUCUUCGGCGCUUUGAUUAUGUUUUUUGUUCACAUGUUAAGUUUCACAUUUUUUGAGAUUUUCAUAUUAUUUUUUAGUUGAGUUAAUGUUCUUGCUUGAGUUUUUAGCUGAAUAACAAAACUGUCAUUAGCUUGAAUAUUAGAAAAAUAAGCAGGGAGCUAUUGGACUCGCCUUUUUCAUCUAGGACUGGGACGAUUACUCAGUUAAUUGGAUUCGAUUCGAUUACUAGGUGAAACUGGUUUCAAUUUUGCAAAACCGCUAAUCGCUCUUAAACAAUAAACCACAAAUUGUACUUGAUCUUUAUAUAUUUCUUUGACCAGCACAUUGACCUGCAUUAUAUUUCCACUAAAACACAUCAAUCAACAUAAUCAAUAGUCUCGGAUUCGCUUGUUGUGAUAUAUUUAAAAUGAAACACACCAAAAUAUGACUUAUUAACUUUCAAACUGCUUGCAAGCGAUGAAGUCAGUAAGUCCCUAAUAAAGUCAGCUGCUGGAAGUACAUUGAUACGGUCAUCAGGAAGACAAAGAUCAUUUUCAAUAUGGCGGCCGAUUAACCGGUUCAAUUCGAUUUCAUACAAAUGAUUAACCGGUUUCAAAAUUUUGAAAUCGUCACUGCCCAAUUUUCAUCCAUGUCCCGAUUUGUUAGGUUUAUAUAUGUAAGCUGAUAUCUCAGUAUCGGCUAAUGGGAAGGAUUAUAUCUUCAUACACUUGUUCACUGUGAUGAUUUGACAUGCAGCGAACAGAUUUCGAAACUCACUUUCUUUUUCACAAAGGUAUUGCCCAUUUUUGACUUAGCAAUACAUUUAAACAAAAUCAUUGCUCCUUUUUAUUCUAGUUUAUGUCAUUGUGUUCAUUUAUUCAUUUGACAAGGCUUUUGAGUAGUCAAGCAUUGUUGUUCUCCAACAGCUCUUGUUAUAUUAUACAUGGUGUAAUUGAAUGGAACAGAUUCGGGAGAAAUUAAGAGAUUAGUAUUUGAGCCGCACCAAGAGAAAACCAACAUAGUGUGUUUGCGACCAGCAUGAAUCCAGACUAGCCUGCCCAUCUGCGCAGUCUGGUCAGGAUCCAUGCUGUUCACUAACGGUUUCUAUAAUUGUAAUAGGUAUGGGCGGCGGUUACUGCCAAAAUUAGUAAAUAUACCAGCCAUUCAUAAACAAGUCAGUCAGUGCAGUGCAUUUCAUAGCUGUCUAGUCUAAAACUCCAUCCCGUCCAAUAAAUUUGCAUUCAACGCAUUGUAUUUUGAAACCAUUUAACACAAAACUUUAUUCCAUCCAUCUUAAACAUGGAACCAUGCACAGUACUAUGAAAUCAUCCAACAAAACAUGAUACUAUCCAGCUCAAUGUGAAGCCGUUUAACACAACAUGAGUACAUGCAGUGUAAAAUGAAAUAUUUAUUACAACUUGACGCUGUCUAAUGCAUAUUGAAACCGCUUUGUGUAAUUAAGAGCGGUGUAUAAAAACUUGAUGCCAUGCAGUCCAAUGUGAAGACGUUUAAUGCAACAUGAGUUUGUGCAGUGUAAAAUGAAAUGAUUCGUUAAAACUUGGCGUCGUCUAAUGCAUAUUGAAACCGUGUUGUGUGAUUUUGAGCGGCGUAUCAAAAUUUGAUGCCAUGCAGCCAAAUGUGAAGCCGUUUAAGGUGAAGAAGGUGUAAUUCAGCGACGUCUGGCUGACAUGGGUGUUUUUUUGUCCUACUUUCGUGUUUAUCGCUUUUCCGUAAUCGGGGAUCACGUGAUUUUAAAAUUCAUUGAAACAAAUAUCCCGUUUAAAGACGCACCACUUGCACAAAAUAACUGUAUUUUUUGUAUUUCCUUGAUGGUAGUUAUACUUGAUUUGCAUGAAAAAUAUGAGAUAUACAAGAUUUUUAGUUUCAAAUUGACAGUGUCAUAUAUAAGGUCUAUAUUCUUAAUACUAUGCUGAAAAAAAGAUUGACUGAAUACAUUUGCGUAUGAAGUUUUGAAAACAUUUAUUUCGGCAGGGCCUAAAUUGUCCCCCCAAAAACUUGUAGUAUAGCUAUUUAUUACCUGUAUUAUAAGAAUGAGAUUUUCCAUGAAGUUUUUGUGAGUUAAAAAAAAAUGUUGAAUUCCCUAUGAAUGUAAACAUUAUUGUUGGUGUUUGCAUCUACUAAUAAACUUUGAUAAUGUGGCAGUUGACCUCAAUACAAUCGACACUGUUUAUUUUCCAAUACAGGUAAAUCCAAUAAUUGCUUUACAAUAGAUCUGUGAUGGAUUAUCUUUGAACACCCCUAGACUCAACUGCCACAUUAUCAAAGCUUAUUAGUAUUCAUAAAUUAUAGCCUUGUUUUGGAGCAUUCUUCCGGGAAGAAAAAACGAAGAUGCGCAACGGGCUCGCAAGCAGUCGGAAAACAUACUUAAAUGUCUUUUCUAUAUGAUAAUGGGUACAGGCUUGAGAAUUAUGAAAGGCAUGUCAAAAUUCUUAUAUAUUUUGAAGACUGCUGAUGUGUAUAAAUUUUAUUUAUCAAUCAGACAUUUUAUAUCAUUGCUGUAUAAGAUACAGCCAUAGCAGUUAUCAAAUGCAUUGUCAUAAUAAAAAUGAAAAAUUAUGAAAAACUUUAAAAUUUGAGGUUUCUGUUUUGUUUCGUAUUGUAGGUAGAAAUGAUUUACCGACAAUUUAACUGUUAUUGUUUCCAAACUUCCUAACGGUAUCAGCUUGCUCAACAUUUAUUACUGACAACAUCUCUGUAGCAGGUUUGUUUAGAUGCAGUAGUUCCCAAAGAUAAAUUAUAGCAAAAGCAAGUAAAUUGGCAGUCGCUCAGUCCCGAAUAUGUUACAACUUUGCAUGCUGCAUAUUAUUCCUACAUGGUUUCAUGUCUCUAUCAUUUUUUAAAAUAAAUGUAACAAAAAUCUUGAAGCACUUAAUGAAAUACAUGCGACACAAUUUUAUGUAUAUUUUCGACUACGUCAAGGGCCAUAACACUGGUCUGACUAUGUGAGGUCAAAUUAAAACAUUAUAUACUCAAAUGGUAAUACUGAUAACAAUCCUGUGAGGUUUGAUUACUCUGGGUCAAUACUUUCUUAGAUAUAUCAGACACUAUUUCGGACUGACGGACGGACGGGCGGGGGAACACUAAUUGCCCCGACCAAACAUAGCUUGGAUAGGACACAUAAAAAGAUAUAUUUCAAAUUGUUACAUUCUCUAUGCAAAGAAAUUUACCACCAGUUGCACCGUAUAUUAUACUUAAAAACACAUCUUGAAAUAUGUCCUAACAUUUCAUGCGAAAAAAAAUGUACAGCUUUCUUUUCACCACGGAAUACAAUGAAAAAUCAGAUUAUUUCCGACCGAAUAUUUGUAUAUGUACGUGUAUAUACACUGCGGCUUAAUUGUGUUUUGUCUCGCAAUUGUACAAUCUAAGUAGUUAACUUGAAAAUUACCACAUAUGUUUACGUGAUAAAGACAACUAUGAAAUAUAAUGAUUUGGAAAUACAAGAAUGAAAGUAUGUUUUAGAAAAUAUUAGAUUUUUUAAAAUGGAAUGGCUAAAUAUCUAUUUGCAAACAGCAUACACAGUUUUAGUAAUAAGACGUUUGCGUAACGUCAGAAAAAAAAGCGGGAAAAUGCGCAACGUUAAACGCCGCCCAUAGCGCCAUUUGAGACUUUAUCAUUUUUUGCGACUUCACAGCUCGAAAAUGAAGUCGGUAGUCAAGGACUUUUUUUUUCGUUAUUUUGCUGAGAAAUGCCUUUGAAAUAAUUGUGUAAAUUUUAAAAAAAUUCUGUGGACCAGUAAAUGCAUGCUCCCAAUUUAUACAAGAAACGUCAUUUCCGUAGAGGUCAGAUUUUGGAACAACACAUACUAAGAUUUAUGGUUACAACUUAAUAAAUUGGAAAGAGUCAGCCUCAAACUUAUCACUUAACAAACUUGUGUGCAGUCAGUGUCGCUGUGGGCUAACAUUUAUCUGGUAGACGUGUAUUUCAUUGAUUUAUCAAAUGAUUUUAUUAUGACUUUUUAUGUUUGAAAAAUGCACGAGAAAAUGGGGGUAGGGUAAAAUUUAUGAAAAUACUGCGAAAACAAAGUUGGUGACCCCUGAUUUUUAUUUGCUCAUUUUACAGUAAAAUAAAUUUAUAAGAUAAUAUUAGUUUUUUUUUUAAAAUUCUAUGGACCAGUUUUUGCACACUACUUAGUCAUUCCGCACAAAAAUAAUAAUCUCAUAGAAAGAUUUUGGCAUGAUUUUUGCAUAAAAUAAGCAUUCCUUCAGCGAAUAGCGGGAGUAUGUAUUUGAAAAUUACAUCACCGUGUAGGUUUCGACUGGCAUAUUAUAUAAAAUGGAACAAAAAUACUUCUUAAAUAAAAUGAAUGCCCCGAGACUAAAUUAACCGCCAGGAAAACGGCAAUGUCACAACUAUUUCCGACUAGGCUUAAAGGUGAAUUUUUGACGUCAUUUGCGUAAAAAGUGUGCAUCUGAUCUUUUCGAUAAUUGUACAUCGGGUGAAGAUCAACUUUUGCUGUAAUCUACGUAUGUUAUCUAGGAUGUAAAUUGUUUUUGAAAAUCCGGCUCAUUACACCUUCUUCACCUUAACGAAACAAGAGUAUGAGCAUUGUAAAAGGUUAAUAAGACUAUCAGUUCAUAAGUUUGCCCUGUUAUAAAUAUAGAUUCUGGAUCAGUUUUACAUAAGAAUAUCUUAAAAUUUGUCAUAAAACCGACCUUUUGGUAAAAUUCUAACAUUUAAUUUGACACUGUUCCUGCGAUUUAUCUGACUUAUUUUCGUGAAACAUCUUUCUUCUUAGUUUAAGCUUUGUCAGAAGUAUGCUUCGUGAAACAGACAGUAUAUUCACUAAUUUUGGCGGUAACCACCGCCCAUAAAAAGGCUUUGAAAGCGAAAGCGAACAGCAUGGAUCCUGAGACUGCGCGGAUGCGCAGGCUGGUCUGGACCCAUGCUGGUCACAAACGCACUAUGUUGGUUUUCUCAUGGUUCAGCUCAAUUAUAGAGACACAUAUUCAGAAUUGGCCGAAGGAAAGGGAAGCAGUAUUACAUAACUCUUACUGAAAAACUCGUAAAAAUUAUUGACUUUGUUCAUUAUUUUAGUAAAACUGAGAUUUCCUUUUAACUAAAACUUCAUGAACCAGUUGCAUAAAACUCCUGUCAUAAGGGGGGUGGCGUUAAUACAUUCAGUCUGUCUGUUUGUCCACUUUACAAAAAAGCCAAAAUGCUUGUCAAGGUCUGUGCAACAUGUAAAUAAAACUUUUUUAUGUUAAAACUGAAAUUAAACAGUUCACAAAUACAGUAUACAGUAAUAGGGGUGUUGUCUUCAGUGUAGAGAACAAUAUAAUGAUUUCUCGAUCAAGAAAGGUUGUGAUAUUAUGUACAUACUGAGAAAUGGGUGAAAACUAUCCGAGUCGAAAAUCUCCAUUGAUAUUCGUUUACUCAAUGCACUCUUAUUUUAUCAUUUCUUAUACUGUCUGGUAACAGCAUUCAUCAAAUGAUUUUGUUUUGCAUUGAUUUUUUAUUAUGAUAGAAAAUGCAGGUAUUCAUUUCAUUUAAGUUAUUGUACAAUGUUGUUACUUUUGCUCCAAUUAAAUUAAUACAGGGUUUGCAACUGAAACCGUGAGAUAAUUAAUAUUCCUGAGGGAAUAAUUUUCGUGGUUGCAUAGAUCUACAAAAUUAAAAUCCCAACAGACAUAUAAAAUUCACAUUCAUUUCAUCUUAAGAAGUUGAAAUCCACCAAUUCAUAUUUCCACAAAAUUUCAUGCUCACGAUAUUAAAAUUACUUCACAUAAAAGCUUUUCUUAACUGAAAUAAGUUUUGUGUAGCUUUAUUUAACCCUUAUCAUGCUGGACAGGAUUGAUUCAGCCUUUGCUUCCAGUGUAGAUCAUGAUCAGCUUGCAUAUCCAUGCAGUCUGAUCAAGAUCUGCACUGUUUGCCAUUCAGUCAGUAUCUUUUUGGUAAGCACCCAUUUUAACAGUUCAUGGUACUGUCCAAAUUGAAAGAUGGACAAGUUCAUUAUAGAAAUUUAGUAGGGUAAGGGUUAACCAAGUCAUACUUAAGCUUAUAUAGUGUGAUAGUUUUGGUCAGUAUAUACUUACAACUGUCUCUUUUUAAAACUACGAUUUUGUUUCAUACACCCACCCAUUAUGUACAAAGUCCAUUUUACCCGGUUUUGGGAACUAUUUUUUGGCUUGUAUUGACUGGUUUCCUUUGCCAGUAUGUUUUACUGUAGUUGCUUUUUCAUGUGUUUCACAGAGUAAAUACGGUAAACACAGUGAAUGCUGUAAAACCGAUUAAUUUCGUUGGCAUGGAAUUUUGUAGUUUUGACCAGAACAACAAUUCCUUUGGGAUAUGAAUUCGAAAAUUUUAACUUUUUUUAGUGAAUUAUUUAUUUGGAUUGAAUUUUGCAUUGGGAUCAUAUUUUGCGGAUUGAAUCAACCACAAAAUCCACGAAAAUCAGUCCCGAACAGUAACAUUGGGUAUGACAUUGAUAGAAGUUGUAGCUGAAACAAUUCAUUUUUCAGAAUUUAUCCAUGUGCCAGUUUAUUAUGAUAAAUAGUUGGGUUGAGAUAUUGUACUGGUAUUUGUUUCUGUAUGUGACUGUUUCUUUCAAGAAACACCUGUUUCGAAACAUUUCAGUUUUAACCAAAAUGUAGAUGCACAGUUCAUGAAACCAUUCUGUCAAAACUAUGUAAAUUGGCAUGUGGCAUGCCUCUUGAUUAAGCUGAUCGGACCAUUUUUAGCAGACACUUCAUAGAGAGGUUGUGAUUUCAUAUUUGUAUGUGAAGUAAUCUCUGUAAUAAUAAUGAAAAACGGUAUCAGUACUUGCUUAACAUAAAUCUACAUGACAUUGUUUAAGACUUGAUUUUGGUUUUCAAAGCACAUUUUGAACAUAUACAGAUAAUUUAUGAUGCUUUCUGAAAGCAUACACAUACGUUCACAUCUUCUCUUACGUUGUUUUGUCACCAUUUUUUAGUUACCCAUAGAGACACAUAUCAGAUAUACAGGCUAGUAUCUUCUUUGAAAUGGCAACAGGUUGUAUACAGUCAGACCUUUGUAUAAAGACCACACUCGCUGAUAUUAAAGCCAGGUGGUCACUGGCCAGAGGUGGUCUUUAGCACAGGGUUGACUAAAUGUAGAACUGUUCUGAGAUUUUUUUCUGCACUGAUGAAGUUUAUCCAAUUUAACUUCACAUAAAAGUGCAUAUUUUAAGGAGUUAUGGCCCUUAGAAAUUUGGUUUUAUACAUAGUGUUUCAAGAUUAUCACAUGUUUCUGUAUUAUGCUAAAUGAUUGUAGCUUUUAUAGCGUUUACUUUAAAAAAAAAUUUCUGUCAUGAUAUUAUCAUUGUCAACUUUGUUUAUUUUAGUUUCAAUAGGAUAAAAAUUACAUGAGUUACAGCCCCUUAUUUAACAUUGCAGAAUCAAAAGAGUUAUUAGAGAGGUAUUUGUGUCCUAUGAACACAUUUGUUUUAAUGAUUUUUGAAAUGUUUCAGAAUGUAUUCUAUGUAGCUGUUGUUAAAAGUGGUCUUUUGCUUUUAUAGAGGCAAAAAUAUACAAUGUACUUUAAUAAGAUAAAUAUGUUUGUUUUGAACUGUUCAUACACAAGUCGAUCUGACUGCAUACAUAUAAAAAUGAAACAUUACAGUACAUUAAUUGACAUCACACAACACUUGAAUACAGUUAAUAUGUAAUAAGAGUUAACAUGGCAGAGAAGGUGUUUUUUUUGUUCUCAAGACAUUAAUUCACUAAGAAACUGGGUCCGCUUUUUCUAACUUCUGGCUGAUCUUGGUCUGCACUGGUCGCAAAGGCAAAAUCACUUGCUGCCAGCAGGCUGAAUGUUAAAAUGCAGUAUUUUAUUUUUGCUCUGUCAUUUUUAAAUGAAGCAUAGAUAGUAACAAAACCUUAAACUUAGAUGAAUAAAGGCAAUGGUCUUGUUGGCAUUUGUAGGGAGAAUGUUUUUUUGUAUGUAAAUGGGAUGUAAAACCAAGAUUUUUAGUCCUGUUUGGCACCAUAUAACCUGUACCACUGGUGUGCUGUAAAAUCUAAAUCAAAAUUAGAGGUGUCCUUAAUAGGGGUUAUAUUGUAUUUUUUUAGUUUCAGGGAUAUUAAAGAAGGUAGUUGGAAAAUAUCCUUUCAGUUGUGUUAAACAGUGGAAGUUUGUAAACAUCCCGAUAAAAAGGUUUUUGUUUAGCCCCCAGUAGAAGUUGCUUUAGCAUUACAAAAAUAAUUAUUGUGAUAAAAAUAGAGAUUUAUCUUAAGGAUGUGUAGAAAUUAAACAAAAUAUGCAAAUCAAGCUG